AUGAUGAAACCCACCUUCCCAACUCCGACCAUCUCCGAGGACUACUCCCCAUUCUUCUUCAACGAUUCCAUUAUUGAAAAUCGUCCAAUAGCCCGAAUGCCUAACAAGGGCAGCCGAACCCGCCGGCCAGCAAAGCAGUGUCUGCACAUUGUUCGAUCCGCUCGCAUCCAAAAAUCUCGGUCGAAUGCGAACAAGAACCCAGAGCUCUCACAUGAAAGUAUCGAAGAGGCCGCUUUCAUGGCUUUGCUCACGCCAGACCGUGUCCCAGAAGCUGAAAGGGAUAUAUAUAAACAUCGUAUGAGGCGAGCGGGCUACACGGUGCCACCUAUCCGACUAGGGAGCAAAGAGCACAAGGAAAUGCUUGAGACUAUGGUGGGAGCCUCGGCGGAUGAUACUUUUGUCGCUGAUUUUGAAGAAUCUUGUUCGUCUAGACCGGCCAAGCCUCUAUCUCUAGGUCAGACCUCCAUUUCACCACCUUUUCAUGCCCCUGAGCUUGCCCCAAGACCAGCUGACUGGAGGAUCAAGGCUAGAAAGGUCAUCGAGAAAAAAGGUUGGAGUCUGGAAAAGGAAAUGGGUCGUUCCACCUGGAAGCAAAAGGUCAGCAAUGAACAACGACUGCUGCUCCUUGAAGACGAUGGGUACGAUAUCUCACAUUUGCUUCUGAAGGGAAUAUCUGCGGACGAAAUCAUCACUGUCAUUCUUGAGCGCGUCGAUGCCAGGAGGGAUGAGAGACUGAUAGCCGCAGUUUCCGGUUUUUACCACAUGGAAGGGCAAACCGCGGCGAGGGCUGGGACUGAGCAAACAGCCAUCCACCAUGACAAGACCACGCUUGAAUAUUGCAAAGACGAAGAUGACAUGGCUUGGGAUGAUCAGACGUUGGUUGAGGACAAGAUUAUGGAAGAUUCCUUAGAACCACUGGUCGUCAUGGUCACACCUGUCAUUGGAUACAAGCGCAAGCACACGGACGAAGAAGACGAAUAUGACGAUUGGGAAGGACGUACCCAAUCUGAUAACGAAGAUCCCCUGAAAAGCCACUGCACUGUCUGUUCAUUCGCUAAUAACAAGACGGGCUCCGCAUGGAGCUGUGACUGUGGAUCACCGCGCAAGAAACCGCGUACAAAGGAGCCUAAGGAGGUUACGAACGAAGAGCAACAAAUUGCACUCAAUAUGCAAAGAGUUUACGCGCUUCAGGAUAUCUUCGAAGAGUCCCGUAUGGCACGUGUCUCUGCGAUUGGGGAAGGUGAUUACGCACCGUCUUUCUCGGAGGUCGUCUUCAAACCACCUGUUCUUCCUCAGCACUCAAAUACCCGCACGGCAACAUGCAUAAGCUCUCGGGGACUGGCUUUUAUUCUGGAUGAGAUCAUGUAUCUCUCCAGUGAACAACGUGAUGAUGGCAGACUCAUCAUCCGAGAAACCGAAAACGAGGGGAACCCAAUUGAGGCCAUUUGCCAGGGACCAAAGAACCCAAUAAAAUUCAGAGGACCAACCGUCGCAUUAAAGCGACUCUUUGUUCGUCUGAGGGACUACAAGCUCCUGCAUGUCUCGGUACCCAGUUCUGCGGAACUUUGCUGGAAGAACAAGGGUGAAGUUGGCUCGUUCAGUGAAGAGACUGAAUAUGAAUUGUCUACGAUCAUCGAGAAACUUGGUUCUGGGCAGGAUAAUGCUGGGGUCUGCCUCAUUGUUGGACAAUACAUCCACGGAGGCAUCAAGCUUCACUGGAGUCGAAGCAGUGGUCUGUAG